AUGCCCUCCAAGAUAUUUGACAUUCUCAUCAUCGGUUCCGGCCCAGCCGGUCUCUCCGCCGCCGCCUCUGCCUGUCGACAGUUCCGAACGAUCCUCGUUCUCUCCUCCGCCACUCAACCUUACCGCAACGCCGCCGCGCAUCACAUGCACAACGUGCCCGGUUUCGACCAUGUGCCCCCCAAGCUCUAUCGGGAGCACGUAGUCAUGCAGUUGAAGGAUCGGUAUUCGCCGUACGUCGACUUCGUGGACGAUGCCAAUGUCGGCAGCGUCAGAAAGGCUGGAGAGGGUGGAGUAGAGGGGUUCAUCGUUGAGGAUGAUAAGGGCAGGAGCUGGAAAGGAAAGAAAGUCAUCCUGGCCACCGGGUCGAGAGACGUCUUCCCCGAUAUCCGAGGGUAUGCCGAUGUCUGGGGCAACGGAAUCUUUCACUGCCCCUUCUGCCAUGGAUACGAACAACGCGGAAGUCUUAGCGCAGGGUUCCUCUACCUGAACCAAGAUCCCAAGAUGAUCGGUCCUUUUACCGGGGUCAUGGCCUUUGUCCUCCGAUUCCCCAAGGCGCCUCCUCCAGGCUCGGGCACCAGUUACAACUUUACCAUUUUCACUCAUGGCGCUCCGGAGUCUUUCCUUGACGCGUUGAAGGCGAACGAGGACGUCCAGUUGAUGCUCAAGAAGGGAGCUCGGAUCGAAAACCGCAAAAUCGCCGCGUUUGCAAUGAUCGAUUCACAGGAAGGCAAGAUGACCCCGGACGACAAAGGUCAAGAUCUCGAGAUCACCUUUGAAGAUGGAACUACGGCGACAACGAAGUUUUUGCUUCAUCAUCCCAAGACCCGACUCUCCCCGCUCGGAGCCACUGUGGCGAAAGAGUUCCAGAUCGAACUGAACGCGAUGGGUGAUAUCCCUCCCAUCUCGCCUAUGCAAGAUACUCAAGUUCCCGGCCUGUACGUAGCUGGAGACAUGUCCAACGCGAUGAAGGCCGUCACUACGGCUAUUUAUCAGGGGACUUUGGCCGGGGUGACGGCAAGUCGAGCUUUGGCGAUGGAGGAUUUAAGAGCGGAGGUCGACGUGAAGGGUGAAGGGGAUGAAGUGGCGGUCCAGCAGGCCGAGUUAGGGUUAGGAGCCAGCUUGAAUAUCGGGAUGGCUCAAGUCAAGGAGCUCUGA